AUGGCUAUACGAGACGGUCGUUCACGUCUGCCGGCCAUCUUGGCCUUCGCCGCAUCCUUCUUGCACACCUCUUCGAACUUCUCCAAACGUUCGCCAAACGCAACUGUUCUAAGCGAUAUCAACUGGUGGCGACAACAGCUUAACCUCCCAUUCUGUGGCUCCAUAUUGAUUCGCCCUCCCCUUGUCUCUUCGAUACCCUUUUGGGUUGACACUUCCACAUCAUGGGGAAUCGGUGUUGUCUUCGACACUGUCUGGGCAUCUUGGCGUUUCCAAGCGGGCUGGGAGGCGGAUGGACGUAAGAUAGGAUGGGUGCAAAUGCUCGCCGUCGAGUUUGGCCUUCUUCUUGCUAUUCGGAGAGGUCACGAGAACAUCCAUUUUCACAUUCUGUCUGACAAUCAAGGUGUUCUCGGAGCAGUCGACUCAGGAAAAUCUCGAAACCCGGAACAGAACCGUGUUCUCAGGAGAAUUGUCGCUCUGCUCCGAACACACACACUCUGGAUUACCACCUCCUAUACACCAUCUGCAGACAAUCUCGCCGACGGACCUUCGCGCGGUAUACCAUUGUCGAUUCCUGGUUUUUCACGUUCCUUUGCCCCUUUCAAGAUACCCUACUGUGUUUCAAACCUUAUCGUAGACAGCCCUUGA